GCGGGUGGAUUGAACCCGCCACCGGACCAUGGUCAUUCCCGUAGUGCUAGUGCCGAAGAAAAAUGGAUCAAUUCGCAUAUGCAUCGAUUAUCGCAAGUUGAAUGAAAUCACGAUUAAAGAUGUGUAUCCCCUCCCCCAAAUUGAUGAUUUGUUGGAUGCGAUUGGUUGCACUAAUUAUUUCAGAAAGUUUGAUAUUCGGCAUGGCUUCCAUCACAUUCUGGUGAAGGAGGAAGAUCGGCCCAAGACGACCUUUGUACUGUUUGAGGGCACGUGGCAGUGGGUUCGGUGUCCGAUGGGGAUUUGCAACUCGCUUGCCACGUUUGAGCGAGCGAUGAAUAUGAUAUUCCAGAACUUCGUCAACAAGACGUGGUUAACACAAGGGAUGAUCAACUUCUGCGUGAUCGUGUACAUGGACGAUAUCCUUAUCUACUCGGAGACCUAUCACGGGCACGCGCAACACAUCGAGUGGACAUUGGGAGCGCUGAGAGACGCUGGGUUCAAGAUCGCGCUCGAGAAGAGCGAGUUUUUCCUCUCGGAAAUUUCGUUCUUGGGCUACGUCGUGACAUGUGGAGGACUGCAGCCGGACUCAAGAAAGGUUGCGGCGGUAAGAGGAGCCCCAGUUCCCACGUCGCUGACGCAGGUUCGGGCCUUCUUGGGACUGGCAUCGUACUAUCGCCGCUUCAUCAAGGGUUUCGCCGUGAUUGCACGACCACUAACGAACCUGCUACGGAAGGACCAGCCUCUCAGCUGGGACACGGAGUGCCAACAGGCUUUCGCAACCCUCAAGGACGCUGUGGCGACGACCCCUAUUUUGAUUCGGCCGGACCCCUUGAAGCAGUUCAUUCUUAUCACGGACUGGCAGCUGGAAGCUAUCUCCGCUAUUCUAGCGCAGAAGGGGAACGAUGGUCGCGAACACGUCAUCGAGUACGCAUUGCGCACGUCUGCGCGGGCUCCUACUCUCUCCUACUGUGUUAAGGAGAAUAGUGCGCCGCUAUUGAGCGAGGAGAAGUGGGAGGGGUGGUGGGAGGACUAUAUCGAGCUCGCUUUCUGUCUAUUGGAGAUAGAGUUCCGCUGGUCAGAAGCGGCCCCGUUCGGACAAGGACCAGAGCACCCAGAGGACAACGUGGAGCUUCUGAUCAUCCAAGCCUGGAGAACGGCGGAGCAGGGCGAUCUGCUGGGAUUCGUAUUCGGGAAGGUGGAGGAGGGCAAUCUCACCUUGAUCACAGACGAGUUGCUGGUGUUUCUGACUCAGCUGGUGGAUGAUCUGCCCCUGGACAUCUUGUCACGCAGUGACGAGCAGUCCGACAGCCACGUGCUGUCUCGAACGCUCGAGACAUACCUUGUGUGGUCCACGUGUACGGAGAUUGACGAGGACAACUGUCUCUAUCCCUCCCAGGCGCUUUAUUUGGAGAUCGAUGUUACCGAUCUCACGUUUUGGGACCCGAUCGCGAGGAGAAACGCGGCGCAGGACGAGGAGAUAGGGGAAGCAGAUGAAGAGGAGGAAGAAGAAGAGCCAUCGAGUGAAGAACGGGACGAUCCAGACUACGUCCCGGAAAGAGAAGCGGGGAUAGCCGGCGGAUCGAGCCAGUCGCAGGAAAAGAACGAAGAGGAGGAAGAGCAGAGGAAACGGAAGCGCCGGGAGACUGCGGAGAGAAAGCAACCCACGGCAAACGUUUCAUCGAUCGAGGAUCCGUGGCGUGAUCCGGAGCCACCAGAAGAAGAAGACGAUGGAACCGCAGCAGAGGGAUCGUGAAGAAGAAGGAGAAGAAGUGAAUCAUCAGCUUCCUCCGGCUCCCCGUCCCGGUCCUCCAUUCGUCUACAUCAAGAUCUC